AUGAAGUUCAUAGGGAUUUGGCCGGACGAAAGAGGAUUCACUUACGCGUCCAGCUACAGAGUGUUAUUUCCGAUCGGUUUUAUGUUUUUCUUUAUCACCUUACCACAAACAAUCAAUCUCUAUUUCAUUUGGGGUGAUUUCGAAUUGAUCGUGGAGAAUCUAUCGGUGGCAAACAUGACUACCACAAUUGCUACAUUGAAGGCAGCAACUUUUUGGUCCAACGGGAGAUAUAUGAAAAUACUUCUAUCGCGCAUGGAAAAUGAUCGAAGAGAAGCUACGACCGAAGAGAACGUUAGGAAGAUGACGAGAAUCGCUAAUAUCAGCAGGAGGAUAACAGCUGGAAGUAUCAUUAUGUGUAACUUUCUUGUCUUCACCUAUGUAACAUUAACAACCCUCAUGCUACCGUAUACCGGACGCGUUUUGUAUUAUCACGGUUAUUUUCCAUACGACACCAGUAUCUUUCCGAAUUUCGAAUUAACCCUGAUUGGACAAAUUACAGCCGAACUUUACGCAGCCAAUAGUUACACAGCCGUCGACACUUUCAUGACUAUGUUGAUGUUACACGUGUGCGGACAAUUUUCGAGUCUAAGAAAAAAAUUGUCCACGUUGCGUUGCGAAAAUAAUAAUAAUUUUCGUACUGAUCUAGCAAGGAUCGUGGAAAAGUACGAUAUGCUUAACAGAUAUGCAGAGACAAUCGAAGACAGAUUCAAUGGCAUGCUCCUUAUUCAAAUGCUUGGCUGUACAAUACAACUCUGCGUACAAUCGUAUCAAGUGAUUUCGGCUUUCGUAGAUGACAACCAAGGUUUGCUUGUUGUCCGACUAUUCUUUUUUGCUGUAUACACGACAUACGUCAUGCUUCACAUCUAUCUAUAUUGUUACGUCGGUCAGAAACUUUUAUCCGAGGGAAUUAAAGUGGCUUAUGCCGCGUACAAUUGCAACUGGUACAAUUUAUCACCGAAAGAAGCUAAAAAUCUUACAAUAAUAAUGUCUCGAACACAGAUAGCGUCGCGCAUUACAGCAGGAAAAUUUUGUUCCUUCGAUCAUCAGCUUUUUGGCAACAUUAUAAAAACAUCCAUGGGUUACUUAUCGGUCCUAUAUGCGAUGAAAACCAAAGAUGUCCAUUAAAACAAGUUCUUCGAAAAAGCGAAUUAUGUGAAAUGAAGUUGAAUUAUUCUUGAAUAUUU